CCCAAUCCCAAAAAUACGUCUGUUAAAGGAAGUUUGUGUUUAGCUGAACUCAGUCCUUGAAGACUUUGGGAGAUGUGUCUCAUUCACAUGCCUGUUGGCUCUCGUGGGCAUAUUUGGCUGACAUCCCUUCAGAGACUAUAAGCACUUUGCUCCCACAUACUUGCUUGUUGAGUUUUGAAUAAAUAAUAUUUGCAAUUAAAAGGACCUGUGGUUUUAUCUCUCUGAAGAGCAGCAAGUGAUGGAGACUGGUCCCUGUCUAUAGUCAGACUUGGGGAGAGGAAAACGUGGCAUGGGAACCCUCUGGCCUAUAGCCUCCAUCCUCGUUUAAGGACAUGACCAACCAGUACAGUAUUCUCUUCAAACAAGAGCAAGCCCAUGAUGAUGCCAUUUGGUCAGUUGCCUGGGGGACAAACAAGAAAGAAAACUCUGAGACAGUGGUCACGGGAUCCCUGGAUGACCUGGUGAAGGUCUGGAAAUGGUCUGAUGAGAGGCUGGACCUACAGUGGAGUCUGGAGGGACACCAACUGGGUGUGGUGUCCGUGGACAUCAGCCACACCCUGCCCAUUGCUGCCUCCAGUUCUCUUGAUGCUCAUAUUCGUCUCUGGGACUUGGAAAACGGCAAACAGAUAAAGUCUAUAGAUGCAGGACCCGUGGAUGCCUGGACUUUGGCCUUUUCUCCUGAUUCCCAGUAUCUGGCCACAGGAACUCAUGUGGGGAAAGUGAACAUUUUUGGUGUGGAAAGCGGGAAAAAGGAAUAUUCUUUGGACACAAGAGGAAAAUUCAUUCUUAGUAUUGCAUAUAGCCCUGACGGGAAGUAUCUGGCCAGUGGAGCCAUAGACGGGAUCAUCAAUAUUUUUGAUAUUGCAACUGGAAAACUCCUGCACACGCUGGAAGGCCAUGCCAUGCCCAUCCGCUCCCUGACCUUCUCCCCGGAUUCGCAGCUCCUUGUCACUGCUUCAGAUGAUGGCUACAUCAAGAUCUAUGACGUACAACACGCCAAUCUGGCCGGCACGCUGAGUGGCCACGCAUCGUGGGUGUUGAACGUUGCCUUUUGUCCCGACGACACUCACUUCGUUUCCAGUUCAUCUGACAAAAGUGUGAAAGUUUGGGAUGUUGGAACAAGAACGUGUGUCCACACCUUCUUCGACCACCAGGAUCAGGUCUGGGGAGUAAAAUACAACGGAAAUGGCUCAAAAAUUGUGUCCGUGGGCGAUGACCAGGAAAUUCACGUCUACGAUUGCCCCGUGUAAACACCAGAGUCGCACAGGCUGGUGUGUAGGUCAUGACAUUCCUUGCCUUUCUAGCAUUUAUUGGAGCGGAAACAAAUUUUGUAGAUACGGGAUCAAUCUUUUCAUGUUCUGUUAUUGGAAAUGCUGUUCAUACUUGAACAUAAAGUGUUCAUAACACCAA